CCCGACUGAACUGGCUGAAGCUGUAGCGCAUAAAUAAUACUGUUACAUAAUGCCUAUCUUUACUCGGCUGUGGUUGCUAUAACCUUCUCUCAAAGGACCCUAGUACCUAUAUUUUCUACGUUAUCAGAACGUUGAAUCAUGCUGCAUGUUGAACACCAAUGCGAAAUCAUUGCCAAAGAAGCGGACGUACUGUUCGUACCUGGCAGAGGACGGUUCCGGAAAAUGUACGAUUUUAUUCGUCUAUCGAUGAUAGCCUCUCGCAACAAUCCGGCAGCUCAUAAGUAUCUACGAAGCAGCGCUUCCAUUGUCUACGAAAAACGACGUCAUUUGCGAAUGUUUUUGUACAUCAUUCAUCCGUUCAGCAUGUUCAGGCAUUUCUGGGACUUCCUGAUGAUUUUCAUGAUGACAAGCGUACUGAUACUGGUGCCCUAUCAAGCUACCUUCGAGAUGAUCAGGAAGUCCAAGGCUUGGAUCGCCAGUAAAAAUUUCCUGCUGGUGUUUUGUUGCGCGGACAUAGUGGUCAAUUUCAUGACAGGGUACUUUGACAAAGAGGAGCACGGAGUGAUAUUGGAACAGCAAAAAGUAGCCCAUCACUAUAUAAAAUCCAGCACGUUCAUUUUCGAUUUCCUGGGUUCCUUUCCAACUGAUUUAUUUUUCGUAACCACAUGGUAUCAGUACACAGUGAUCCGAAAGACGUUAUCUCUGAUAUGCAUUUUUCGCGUCUUCUCCCUGGGCUUAUACAUAGAUCGCAUAGCGUUCGCCUAUGACAUCCCCCUAGCUCUCUAUGAAUUUUGCAAAAUCCUAUUUUGGUUGAUGAUGGCGUUGCAUUGGCAGUCCUGUCUCCACUGGCUGAUUCCCAUCGCUGCAACCUCGAUGUACCUGCCUCAACGUCCUAAAAAUGACUCCUGGUUGCACGCUGGCAACCUCUGGGAGGCUCCAAGGAAUCAGCAAUACUUGAACAGCCUGAUGCGGGCCGUUACUACGUUCCUCAGGGGUGGAAUGCUGCGCACGAACCCUCGACACGUAGGUGACAUAUAUCUGAUCAUCACGUUGCAAUUGAUCGGCAUUGUCUCUCCCUGGUUCCUGAUAACACGAGUGAUGCAGUUCUUUAAGGGUGCCAACAGUUCUCGUCUGAGGUACCAAGGUACCGUGGCUCAAUUGAAACAGUACAUGAGACACAGACAACUACCAUACCCAACCCAGAGACGAAUCAUAGAGUAUUACGAGUUUCGUUUUCAACAUCGAUUCUUUCGAGAGACUGAAAUCAUUCACACGUUGUCCUCCCAUAUGCGCAAUGAAAUUAGCAUGCACUCUUGCCGCAAGCUGGUCGAGAAUGUCACAUUCUUCAACAAUCUACCACUUUCAUUGUUGAGCCGAAUAGUGUCGUUGCUCAGGUCUGAGAUUUUUCUUACAAACGACGUGAUCGUACGGGCAAAUCAACCAGGAGACUGCAUGUACUUUAUCGGCACGGGCACUGUGGCUAUCUACACGAACUCUGGUAAAGAAGUGUGUCACCUGGAGGACGGUGCUCACUUCGGUGAGGUCGCGUUGGUCAUGCCAAACGAGAUGAGGGUGGCCAGUGUUAUCGCUGUUGAAGUAUGCGAAUUGUAUCGUUUGAAUCGAGCCGACUUUGCUAGAACGAUACACCCGUAUCCGAUGCUGUGGGAGAGUAUCAAGAAGAUCGCCAUCGAGAGGCACGAGAAAACGAUUAUUCUUAAUGCACAGUAAUAUUAUCUAUUUAAUUAACCCGUUUAGAAGUUAUUACCAAUUUUACCUAUAAGUUUCAUUUUCGCCUUAUUAAAUGCAAUGUCAUUAUAAAAUGUAACCGUUAAUAUAAAUGUAUAUGUUAAUUCAUUAUGAUAGCAAGAUAACACGUUGAUUAAAGUUUCUUAU